CUCGCAGCGUUUGCUGGUAAGAAAUAAACUGUUAGUGAUGUGUGUCUAAUGGUUGUACCAUGUCGAGGCGUAAGCAAGCUAAACCGCAACAUAUCCACUCUGAGGGUCCUGAUUCGUUUAAAAAUGGGUUCCUACAGGAUGAACAGUCAGAGAGAGACUGGAACAGGAUGAAGAGGAGUCGAACAGAGACAUUCGUUUGUGAUCAAUGCUGCGCGGAGUUCUUCCAGCAGUCCGAAUUUAUCCACCACCAGAACAACUGCAGCAAGAGCCAGCAGGUCCUCAUCAUCAAAGACGACAGUGCAGGGAUGCUUUCAGAGCUGUCACAAGGUUCUUUGGAUGGCUAUCGGAGCGACCAGAGCGAGAGUCUCUCCGGUGGCGACACACACUCGAACAGCAGCAUUUGGGCUGUCGGGAAGACUGAGGAGACGGAAGUGAAUGGCAUGGAUUUCAACCGAUUACAAACACAGAUUUCUGCUGCUGCUGACUCACCCCGUGUUCCUGUUGCUGAAGCUGAAGACCUCGAUGAUGCAUCGGGGGCCAUCAUUCAGCAGUUCCCUGGCAUUAAGCUGCUGCCCUUCCCUGCCGGCCUGAAUGCCAUCCCUGCCAUCUUGGAGCAGCUGCUGAGCCUGCAACACCAGCAGCUGAUGCAGAUCCACCUGACAGAGCAGAUUCGAGUCCAGGUGGCCAUGAUGGUGUCCAAUGGGCUGAGCUCUUUAGCCAGCGUUGGUGCCACCGUUGAUCCCCUGAAAGCGCUGGGUGCCCACCUGUCCCAGCAGCUCUCAGCUGCGGCCGCCAUGAUAGGCAGGAAGGCGGGCGCCCAGAGCCUGUCACUCGAAAGCCUCAAGCAAGGAAAGGCUCCCCUCUCUAAAAGUGUCACCUCUGAGUCUGAUCCAGCAGACCAUGCUGCUAAAAUGUCCUCUCUGCUCCCUCUUAUGCCUGGGGCCAUGGGUUUCCAGAGCUCCUUCACUGCCAACCCAGCUGGCCUGGAACCGUCCAGAAAGGGGAAGGCCACACUCCUUAACGUCGGUUUGGACCCAAAAACGAAUACUGCAGAACCGAAUCUGAAGCGCAAGUGCAUGUUCUGUGGGAAGAAGUUUGGGAAUGACAGCGGACUCCAGAUCCACCUGCGAUCCCACACCGGUGAGCGGCCAUACAAGUGCAACAUCUGCGGAAACCGCUUCACCACCCGGGGGAACCUGAAGGUGCAUUUCCAGAGGCACAAGGAUAAGUACCCGCAUGUUCGGAUGAACCCCCAUCCAGUCCCCGAGCACCUGGACAAUGCGGCCACUAAUGGCAGCAAUCCUUAUAGUAUGUCUGCACACAUGGAAGACUCCAACUUCAUCUGCAGCAGGCCUAUACCGGGACUGCUUUCAUCCAGCGACCGUUUGGUACCAAUGGCUCCUCAAGAUUUCCCAGAGGGCAUGGCCUUCUCCCAAAUGCUACCUUCCAUCUCAAGCGAAAGUGCCUUUGCGAUGUCGGGUGGACACCUGAGAGCCGACCAGAUCUUUCCACCUUUUCCCGGCCUCGACGGCCUCCAUCGGCCGGGCGGGGGCAGCCUGUCUGGUGAGCAGAGCGCAGGCACCUCCAAGCUGCAGGAGAUGGUGGACUGCCUGGAGAAGACAGGUAUUCCUAAUGAGUGCACCAUCUGCCACCGGGUGCUCAGCUGCCAGAGCUCUCUGAAGAUGCACUACCGCACGCACACAGGCGAGAGGCCCCACAAGUGCAAGACCUGUGGCCGGGCCUUCUCCACUAAGGGAAACCUGAAGGCCCACCAGGCUGUGCACCGGGCCAAUGCGCCCCUCAGGACCCAGCACUCCUGCCCCAUAUGCCAGAAGAAGUUCACCAAUGCUGUGGUGCUACAGCAGCACAUCCGCAUGCACAUGGGUGGCCAGAUCCCAAACAACAUUCUGCUGGAUACCGUGCCGUCCAGGGACCGCCUCGCUGCUGACCCAUCCCCACCAGGGGAGAAGGCUGCAGGCACAAACGGCUUUGGUGAUGAAUGCUCGGAAGAUGACCGUGGUUCCCAGAAGGGGCCUGAUGACCCCCAGGAACCUCCGUGUCCGCAUCCCUCCCCAAAGGAGGAGGACUCUUCACCUCCCUCACCUUCCUCCCUUGACAACCACAUGAAAAGCUUUGCUUCUGCCUUGAACUUGCAGGUAAAGACGAGUGUGGCGUCGGAGGUGGGUGGUGUGCUCAGUGAGAUGCCCUCCUCAGGAGGGGAUUUGCCAAGCCAAGAUGACCAAAGUCCCACAGCCUGUGACUCAGCGUCUUUCCAGUCUAUGUCUCCAGCGGCCAGCCACUUUCAGACAACGUCUCCUAAUAAUGCUACCCAUGGAGGCUAUAGCAGGGGAACACCAGCCUGGAGUGGCACUCUGUGGGAUCCAGACGCCAAUGGUGCUCUGGACUUGACGUCAGCUAGUUUGUUAACAAAGGCCAUCAAAGAGGAGCCCACCAUGUCUUUCUCAAAUGGCAAUCUGGAUACCAUGAAAAGCCCUGCCAGACUGGAGAUGCAUGUACCUGAGGGGAACCCCUUUGGUGCCAAUGGUCUGUUUUGCGCUCCGAUGCCCGGGGCGGGAGCACCUCUUGCCACCUCUGCCCCACCACGGCGCCCCGCUAAGCAGCAUAUAUGCAACACCUGUGGCAAGACCUUCUCCUCCAGCAGCUCCCUGCAGAUCCACGCGCGCACGCACACCGGGGAGAAACCCUUCGCCUGCACCUUCUGCAACAAGGCCUUCACAACCAAGGGCAACCUUAAGGUACACAUCGGGACUCAUAUGGGGAAUUCCUCGGCAAGGCACGGGCGGCGGCUGUCUUUGGAUGGUCCCCAUGCCUGGGUGGCGUCAGGGGCAGAGUCGAACCUAGCAUCGGACAUGGUUCCACCCCCAAGUGCGCAGGGACCUCCUCUCUUUGGUGUGGACCUGUUGAUGCAGAACCAAUUCGCUGCGGUUUACACAAAUGGACUGGCCAUGAAGACCAAUGAGAUCUCUGUCAUUCAGGGCGGUGGGGUUCCCCUGCUUAGAGGGCCUACCGGCAGCCCCCCGGGGGGCUCCCUGGAGGCUCUCAUGAAAAUGGAGGGGUCCCAGGCUAGUCUCCCUGAGUCCGUGACCAAAAUGGACUUGGACAGAAUGCCCCAUUUCCCACAGUUUAUGGAGGAACGUGCACUGGUAGCUGGGGAAAACAGUAAUCGGCAGGUUUUCUGAUCUUUUGCUGAAGUGGAUGGAUUGAGACAUGCAGUAUGGCUGUAUCUGUGAAAUUUUUCAUCUUCAAUGUGACACUCUUUCCAUUUUGCUGUAUCAUAAAAGCUUUACAGGGAAUAGUACUUGAAUAGAUUAUUUUUAUGUUCCCUUGAGGUUUCUUUUCAAACUUGAAGGCAGCUGUCCAGUCCUUUUCCUCCAGAUAUGAAACUGCAAGCUUCACGUCAGUAUUACUGUUCAACGUGAAUUGAACUACUGUAAAGGACUUUGUGUAAUUGUAUGUAUACGUUAUGCGGGUAACUUGCAUAAGUUGCUAUCCUGCUUUCAGCCUUUCCUUACAGCAGAAGCGAGACAUUUCUUUUUGAAAACUCUGUGCUUAAUCUGAUAGCAUAUUCUCUGUUUGCUGAAUGAGAGUUUAACCAAUUAGCAUAACUGUUAAAUUGAUUUUUACCCAGUGUUUGAGAUGUUGCAACAUGUUCCUCAAAAUCAUUAGAUCAAGGGUUUGUGCUCUGUUCGUAGUUUCUGAUGAGAUCUAUGUUCCAUUUCAAAACCUUGCUAGUACAUCUUAUAGGAGUCUCUUCUGUUGAAGAUACUGUUCCUUUAGAGCAGGGAUGGGCAAGGCGGGCCGUAUCUGUUCCUGGAUUUCUGAGCACCUUAUGCUCUUAAUUAUUUAAUUGGCCCAAUCAUUUACAUGGACAUGAUCUUUAGCCACAUCCCACGAUCUAAACAGCAGCUGAUAAAUGUUCUUGUCUUGUAGCAUUAUAUUGUACUCUUAAGUUACGAUUGAAUUGGUCAUGGUACAUAUGGCUAAUUGGCUGAUUGAGCCUGGGUCACUGGUGGCAGCAAAAUCAUGCAAACACACCGGCCCACCAGGACUGGAGUUGCCAGUCUCUGCUUUAGAGGAAUGCAUGCUCCACAUGACAGCUUCUAUGUUCAAGAACAAACAGUGUUUAGGGGAGGACACUGUCUUGUAUAUCUUGCAAUGAUAAACUUUUCAAAAAGAAGUAUUGCUGUAAAUGCUAGAAAGUUGCACUUGAGAGAACCAAAAAGUAGAAAUAUGGAUGUGUAUUUUUUUUCUCCUUUAAGUCCAUAUGUAUAGAAAUUGUUGGCCAGUUGUAUACCAUAGGUUUGUUCAUGUAGUCAGUAGAAAUGCUUUCAUGUGAGUGAAGAAACCUACGUAAGGAGCCAUGGGGGUACUACAGAAGAACCUAAAUAAUGAUUUUAUAAAUUAUAAUCAUUAAGCGCAAUAAUACAUUCUAUCUGGAGCACUAAUGGCAGCUUAACUCAAAGCUGAAAUUGGAGAACUAACUGGAGGAAACCUAUUCUAUGGAUAUGGGCUUUUGCUGCAAUUACUGUUUGAAUUGAAGGUUGUUCAUGAAGUAGUUAUUCAUUUCAUGCCUCAUUUUUACCGUUUUUGCCAAGUGCCUACCUCAGACUAAAUCAAGUAUUUUGUAUUCACUGUUUUUGAAAGCUUUGUACAUUUGCAGUGAAGGCUUUCAGAUACCAUGUAUUUUUGUAGAAAGCAUUUAACCAAAAAUGAAUUGUCCAUGAUUGAUAUUGUGAUAACACGCAAGGGCUCAUGCACACCGUAGAUCAUUAUCUUCAUGCCUUCUUCAUCCAGUGAAGUAGUGAUGGGAGAAGGAGGUAUAAUGAAACCAACUGUUUUACUGUGGAAAGCUGCUCAAAUUCCCUGUUUCAGUGAUUGGCAGCUCAUUGUUGCUUGCCCUGCCCAAUUGUGAAACCUCACUCUUUUGUUGCUACUGUAAGGUGAUUGCAUGUGCCACAUUCUCUUUUAAAAUGCACUUCAGGAUAAUUUGGUGUUUAUCUGGGUUUUUAUAUCUACCAUGUUUCUUUUUUUUUUUUCUUUUUUUUUUCUCCAAUUAAAAAAAAAAAAAGAAUAAAUACCCCAGGUUUUAA